GAGAAAGAACGAUAACUGCGCAUGAGCGGCAGAUCAAUUCAAAAUAUUUACUCCCUAUUUGAAAAGAGGUUGUAUCUGAUAUUUAUUUACUGUGGUAUAAAUCAAUAUAUUUUUACGACUCAAAAUGAGAAAAAACAUUUUGCAUAAGAAAAAAAAUGCACAACGUUUCGUUUGAAGUAUUUGAUCAUUUGAAAUAUUGUCAUAUUUUUGUGCAUUAAAUUGUAUGCAACGGUCAAAUGGAACAGCCGACUAAUUGAGGAAGUUCUGAAUUGGAAUUUUACAUGGACUGACACCGUGGCAUUUCUUUAGCUAAAUUUUAAUAUUCCGAUCUAAAAUGAACGGUUAUCUUGCGAUUAAAUAUUUAGGGACACUGUGUCUUCUGAUUGGAAUAUCAUCUGGAGACAGAUCUUCUGAAUUUAGCCCGCAGAACUCUAUUGUGUUUGGACCGGGACUUGACCCAAACUUUGUUGUCCCUGCAAGAUUUUUUUUCAUUCAACUUGUUGACAGAAAUGGAGAAAACAUGACAGAAUCCAUUGGUGAAAAACCAUUUAAAGUUGAGAUGUCAGUGGCCAGUGGUGACUACGUAAGAAUCUGGACGCAAGUUUUAGACAGGCAUGAUGGUAGUUACAUUGUCCGCUUCAAGAUGUGGAAGUCCCUUGCCUACCUAACCAUCACCAUAACAUACAAUGGCCAACAUGUUGGCGAAUCACCAUUUUAUCUCAAAGGAAAUGUUUACCACGAGCAGUGCUUCUGCCCAGUUCCAGAUUUCAAAGAAUGGUAUUCAACAAUGAAAUGUCAGAAGUCCUACAAACAAAUCAAAAAUGACCUCUCCAUAUUCUCCAAUAUUGACAUGGAUAUUGUUUCCAAGGAGGCAGUUGAGAGGUUCAACCAAAGAGGGAGCCACAGUCUUGUUCAUUAUGCAAUUAUAAAUAAUAAGGUGUAUAGAAAAACCUAUGGGGAGCAUGUUGGAUUCAAAAUGUUUAGUGACGCCACACUGUUAUCUCUAGUGCGAAAGGUAGAAAUCCCUGACAUUGAAUUAUUCGUAAAUCUGGGCGAUUGGCCACUAGAGAAACGCAGUGAAGCAAAUAAUCCCCUCCCGAUAUUUUCUUGGUGCGGCUCUGAAGGAUCGAAGGACAUUAUCAUGCCAACUUAUGAUGUCACAGAAUCCACAUUAGAGACCAUGGGCAGGUGUGAUCACAUUGAAUCACUAGAAAUGCCAACCUACCAAGCUUCCGAGGAAGAUCUACAAAAGUCUUGUAGGGUGACAUUGGACUUGCUAUCAGUUCAGGCGAACACAGGACCUGACUGGGCCAAUAAGACUGAAAUUGCCUUCUGGCGGGGACGGGACAGCCGCAAGGAGCGACUAGAGCUUGUCCGCAUGUCACACAAAUACCCAGACCUCAUUGAUGCAAGACUAACAAACAUGUUUUUCUUUAAACAUGAAGAGGAUUUAGGAGAACUUCAGAAGCAUAUUUCUUUCUUUGAUUUCUUUAAGCGUAAAUAUCAAAUAAAUAUAGAUGGAACUGUAGCUGCAUACCGGAUGCCAUAUCUUUUAGCUGGAAAUUCAGUUGUCUUAAAACAAGACUCAGAAUAUUAUGAACAUUUCUACAAAGCCCUUAAACCAUAUGUCCACUACAUUCCAAUAAAAGCUGAUCUCAGUGACCUAGUAGAGCAGAUUCAAUGGGCAAAGGACCAUGAUGAGGAGGCUCAACAAAUAGGUAAAAAUGGUCAAGAGUUUGUGAGGAAGAACCUCAUGUCAAACAAUGUGUUUUGUUACUAUGCAGCAUUAUUUAAGGAAUAUGCCAAGAAAUUAGUGAGCACUCCCAAGGUAAGGGAGGGAAUGGAACUAGUGGAACAGCCUACUGAGGAUUCAGAAUGCAAUUGUAAAAGAAAAAAGAAGCAAGCAGAGAAAAGGGAUGAACUAUGAUGACAUGACCUUCUAGAAGAAAUCCAUCAUCUUCCUGCCACACUAUAAACUCAUUAUUGAUGAGCUAACAUCACACAACGAAAUGUGACAUCACAAAAUUAAAUAGCACAUUACUGUAUGACAGGGAACAAUUACAUAUCAUUGGACAGUACUGUAGCGUAAUGAUUUGUGGGACACUAGAAAAAUAGAACAUUUGGACACAGAGGGGAAACAUAGAAUAAAUGUAUGAGAAAUGGAUAUCACCAUAACUUUGUAUAACUAUCACCAUGUGGACAUCACCAUGUAGUUCACAAUGUAUAUACAGGAUGGGCCAAAAAAAUGAUAAUGAUUUAAUUGGCAGCCACUUAAAAACACAGAGACGUACAUAAAACCACUUAUGUGGAACAAAACUUACAUUAAUUCUUAGACAUCUCAGAAAAUUUGAGAUAAAUCAUGCCAAUAAUAAAUGAGUUAUAACACUCAAUCAGUAACAUUUUUUUGCCCUCCCUGUACAUUCAUGAGAAAAUCUAAGUGUUACCUAAUUUCAGUGGUGGGGAGAGUAUUCAUGAUUGCAUAUUAAUAACACAGUAUGCAUGUAAUUGCAAUU